AAUUUUUUAGAGUAGUGGGACAUUAAUGCUACGUAUACAAAAUAUAGGGAGUAUACUGCUAUUUACCCUAAAGCUGUUUAUUGUUGCUACAUUUAUCUUAUCAGACAAGCUGACAAAGUAUCCGUGGAAUUUCCGCUUACACCUCGAUAAGCGUCAAUAUAGAGAAUCACGCAAAAUAUUCUCACAAACAAUUCAUCAAACACUUGGCGGCAAUGAAUUUGUACGGGCUCGAUUACUCACUUUUCGACCUGGGCUUUGCUGAUCCCACUCUCGUUGAAUCCCUUUCGGGCUCUAAUCCGAUGAUAAUCGACAGAAGGAACAGAGAAAGGGAGGAAGAGAAUUUGCUCAAGCUUUCAAAUUCAAUAUUGAGAAAUAUCAAGAGAAAUAGCAGUCCGCCGAGGCGUCGGCAUGAUGGCACUUCACCGCUGCCUCUUGGCAUGGAUUGGAGCCCUGCUCCUCUUAACUGGGAUGGGCCAGAAACCGUCUGGCCUCAUGAUUUCCACACAGGAUGGAGUUACUGUGUCACAGUUCCUUCUUGGAGUAUCUUAUCUGAAUCAGAAGGUUCAGAGCCUGUCGUGUUUUACAGGGUUCACGUCGGUUUGCAGUCACCAGAAGGGGUUACAACCACACGAGGAGUUUUAAGAAGAUUUAAUGAUUUCUUAAAGCUGUCAUCCGAUCUAAAACGGUCCUUUCGCAAGAAAAAGUUGCCCCGGGCUCCUCCAAAGGGGCUUUUGAGAAUGAAAAGCAGAACACUUUUGGAGGAACGCCGGCGUUCUUUGGAGGAUUGGAUGGCAAAUGUACUUUCUGAUAUUGAUUUCUCAAGAAGUGCUCCUGUAGCAUGCUUUCUUGAAUUAGAAGCCGCUGUCAGAUCAUCAUUCCUUGAGUCAAUGCCGAAUGUAAAUUUGAGUUGCAAUAGUGGCAGUUUGGCAGAUCCAUUUUCAAGCCACUCUGAUGUUUCUGUGCCUGCUGGCACUUCAGCAUUAGCAUCAAAUUAUGAUAAUGAUUCUACUGAUAGGACAUCCGAGAUUGGCUCAGCACUGUGUGUGGAGGAACGAUACUCUGAAUUUGGCAAUGGAAACCCAAUCUCUGACAAUAAUAUAUCCAGUCUGACUGAAGCUACUGCAAAUGAAGCCAUGUGCGAAAAUAAUAAUGCUAGUCUCUCAAAAGAUUUCAGUGAAGGGAAGAAGGAAAAAUAUUUGCAGAUGUUUCAUGAUGAAAGGAGUAACUUGGAUAAGAUUCACAUAGAUGCUUCUGAUAAUUUGCCCCACCAUAAUAUUAUUGAAAAUUUCCCUGGCCUGAAAAACUCUCCAAUGGUUGGUCAUGCUAAAGGUUUGCUGAGAGAGAGCCCUCUGGAAGACACAAGUUGUACACCAAAUCAAAUUUCAAAUUUGUGGGAGGACCAAGACAAUGAUACUUCAUCUAAGUAUUCUGAAAGUGGUAAAGCUUCUGAAGCCCUACACAUGCUUGCCAGCUCAGAUUUGUCACAUGAUACACUUUUGGUUCUGCCAAUGGACGAGCAGCGGAAAGUUCUCACUACCAUGCAACAAAGAUUAGGCACAUCAAAAACUGAUACAGAAGAUCUUAUAGCAAGACUACAUCAGGAGCUUGCUCUAAGACAGUAUCUUACCACGAAGGUCAAAGAUUUGGAGACUGAACUUGAAUUUACGAAGAAAAGUAACAAAGUAAAUCUGGAGCAGGCACUUUCUAUAGAAAGGGAAAGGUGCAGUCAGAUGCAGUGGGAUGUGGAGGAACUCAGAAGAAAGUAUAUGGAGCUGGAGUUCAGGUUGAAAGCAGAACUGGAUGAAAAAGCUCAUGCUGAGUCAACAGAAACUUCAAUCAUCAAAGACAAUGAAGAAUUGCUGGAAGAGUUGGAUUGUGCUAGAGAGCAGCUUAAGAAUUUGCAGAUACGUCGUGGAGAGGUAGACUUGAAAUCAGAAUCAGAUGUUGCACUUCUGGUAAGAGAGGUGAAAUCACUUCGAAAUUCUCAAUCACAACUGCGGCAGGAGCUUGACAGAGUGGCAAAAGAGAGGACAGAAUUUAUGACAAGACUACAAGAGGAAAGGACAAAAAGGGAAUUUAUUGAUGCUGUCAAUGCAAAGCUGCUACAUGAAUGUCAAAUUCUUCGUAGUCAGCUUGCAGAAUCCUGUAUUAAUUUUCUGGUUGAGCAAGAAAAGCAAAAGAUGGAUCCAUCUGGUGCUGUUGAUAUGUUGACCACUUUGGAAAACCGUAUUAGUCUUCUUCUGACACAGGCGCACCUCCUUGCACAAGACAUUGCAACUCCUGUCACGAGUUCAAGUGCUGAAAAUGGUGACAUGAUGACAACAGACUAUGAAUUGCGGAAGAUGCUAAUAGAUGUUCUCAUUGACAAUGUCAUUUUGAGGAAGCAGGCAAAUUUGGUUUCCCAGUGUGCUUUGAAUAUGGUUGAUGCAUCUGCUGACAACUCUGAACCAGUCAAAGACGAUGCCUCAACGAAACUGUAGUCAGCAAGUUCGUGAUGUAAUUAACAGUACGCUUUUUUUUUUGUAUAGUUUGUAACUAACUGGAUGCCGUCAUUUCAAAUAAUAGCUGAAACAACGGCAGGAUGAUAUGCCUGGCUUUUUCAACCGCUUGAAAUUACAUUCGAUGUGAAGCUAA